UUGUUUUAAAAUAUUCUUGUGCAUUGUGGUAACUGGAAACCUUUUUUAGCCUUAUGCACUACUCGUUAAUAAACAGUGUGAGAACCUGCCGUACACCUAUUAAAUACCAAACAAGCUGGCUUCAAAUUCUUUUCUGACCGUUCAUGUUUUUUUUUAGCUCCUCCUUCCCGCUAGUCACCACAUCAUGCGCCGGUGACAGAAAAAGGAGCGGACCCAUUCACCUUUCGUCAUGGGGGCGGUCCUCUACCUGGAGCUGACUUGAAUUUGAUUAGCCGAGGCUUUCACUGCACCUGUGGCUGCUGUUUCUGAAACUGAGAGAUGACGUUCAGCGGAAAAACGACGCCAAAACGCAAACGUUUUGAUUGGUGAGUAGCAGCAAACGCCUGCCGUUCCUCUUUGGAUUUGAGGAAAAAAGAUGGAAGGGAUGCUAAUUUUAAAAUCUGCUACUCCCAGUUGUUCACCUGGUGACCCCUCUUCUCCAUCUGCACGGGAUGCUGAAGAAGAUUUGGAUCUCCAACCAUCUCCUAUGGCACCUUGUACAGAUGUUACAGUUGUACCACCACCACCUCCUCCUCCACCUCCGCCUUCCAUGUCCUUCGUCUCUCAUGACAUCCAAAGACGUUCUAUGAAAAAGCUGAACUGGGACACGAUACCCAACCAUCAUGUGUUGGGUAAGCUGAAUGUGUGGACGUCCAAACGGACUCAAAGAGACCUGGUACUGGAUAUACGAACCAUGGAGGAGUUGUUCAGUCAUGUCGACAAAAGGGCUUCACUACGUUCUUCCAGGGUCCCGGGUUUAAGUAAGAGUGAUGGGAUGAACCUAUAUGCGCAGGAGUCUCAGGUCACAAUAUUGGAUUCUAAGAGGUGUAUGAAUAUUGGGAUCUUCCUAAGACAUUUUAAAAGGCCUGUGAGUGAAAUAGUGGAGGACAUUCAUCAGGGGACCUGGCUUAGGUUUGGAAAUGGCAAACUAAAAGAGCUUUGUAAGCUGCUACCAGAAGAAAUUGAGGUAAAACAGCUGCUGUCAUAUAAAGGAAAACUCUCUGUGUUACCGGAGGCGGACCAGUUUAUGGUGCAGCUCAUUAAAGUACCUGGCUAUAGGGAACGUCUAAAAUUGAUGGUUCUGAGGGAGGAGUUCUUCCCCCUUAUGGAGGAAGUGAAGAAUGCUAUUGCUGUCAUGACCAAAGCAGCCAAUGAGCUGUUGGAUUGUGAUGACCUCCAUUCAGUGAUUCGACUGGUAUUGAAAGCCGGGAAUUACAUGAACGCUGGUGGUCACAGUGCAAAUGUCAUAGGAUUUAGGAUGACUUCCCUGCUCAACUUGGCAGACACCAAAGCCAACAAGCCUGGCAUGAACCUCAUGCACUAUGUUGCCAAGCAAGCAGAGGAGAUUGAUGCAGAGUUGCUGACUUUUCCCAGGCAACUUGAUCAUAUUGGGAUGGCAUCAAGGAUUUGUAAAGAUGACGUCAUCAAGGAUCUGGAGCAGGAAAUCCAAAAGAUUGAAGAAGUUAAACUGUUUAGCAGCCAGCAACCUGGCCUCUUACAACAAAUAGAUCAAUUUCUGAAGAGGGCAGAGGCCAAGCUUGCAGAUGUGGAGAUGUCUCUAAAGGAGCUGCAGACUUUAACCGAUGCUGUUGUGGAGUACUUCUGUGAAGAUCCAGCUACCUUCAAGCUGGAAGAGUGCUGUUCCAUCUUUUACUCAUUUUGUAAAAGGUUUGAAAAAGCUGUACAGGAGAACCGAGAGCGAGAAGCUGCUGAACAGAGACAUAAACGCACGGAAAGCAUGCGAAUAGCCGCCAAACGGGGAUCCAUAGCAUCAUGUUCAGCACCUGAACCUGCUGACGACUCAUCAUGUUUGGAGUCGGCACUGCACAACCUUCUAUCCAAACCCCUAUCUGGUCUAACCAGAUGUAGGAAGAACAAUCCACCCCAGGCUGAAGGAUUGGAUUCUGAAUCAUGUUCUCAAACUUUACAAAAUGAAAUGCUAAUGCCUUGUAAAACUAAGGACAGCCCAGAGAAGAAACAAGCUAAACUACUUAAAGAAAACAUGGAAUUAGCAAAAUUGGAGGAGGAAGAAGCCGAGAAGAUGCGUGAGAUAACCCGAAAGGUGCUUCACUACCAAAGCAGCAAAGGCAUUCAUAAUGAUGAGAGGGUUUCAGGGAGUCCUCGAUGUUCAAAGGGAGAACAAGACGAGGCUGGUACUCCAUGUACCCCUCAGCCUAGAACUAGAGACUACUUCUUUGCCAGUAAUGGAAAUGUGGGAUCUCCAUGGACUAUUCUGAGCCCCAUAAGUUCCUCUCCAAGGAACAACCCCCUGCGAAACAGAUGUCGCAGAGCGUCAUCGGCGUCUAGCACAAAUGAUCCUGAUGAUCGAGUCUGGGAGAGCGACAAAAACAACUUCUUAACAAUCGGCAGCUGUCAAGAAAGUCUGACCUCUCCGUCUGGAGGAUCUGCCUCCCUUCCUGAGUGCCUCCGCCGGAGAGCUUUGUCACAGGGGCCGCUGUCCAGGUCGGCCUCCAUGGAUGAAACCCUGCGCUCUCCUGGAAUGGGCGUUCGACUUAGAUGCUUGUUCCAGAGGAGCACAUCUCAAAGGUCGUACUCCUCUGGCUCAAGAACAGGAAACAUGAAAGAAGGAGAAAGUGACAGAAAGGUGGGCAAUUAUGCUGAGGGGUCAUCCGGAUUCAAGUCCUUCUUCAAACUUAUUGGAGGCAAAAGUAAGCUCAAUGAUUUGGAGGAACAAAAGUUCAAAGAAUCCACCACUUAAUUUAAAAUUUUAAAGAUAAAAACUAGGUUUUGUCAGCUUUUCUGUGGUUUUUAAAUUGGUAAAAUAUUUUUUUUAAUGUUUGUCUUUUUAUCUGUCAUGUGUUUACCCUUUAGAGGACACAAUGCAACUGGGGACUUGCUUUGAGAUCUGAGGGUUAAGAUUUUUAUUUUUUAUUUUUUUUGGAUCAAACAAAAUCCUAAAAUCCUUGCAGCUGUCUUUGUUUUGUACUUUAAUAAAAUUUUAUAUUCUACCAUU